AUGGCGACGAUACCCGCCACAGCCACCGCAACCAUGUGCCCGUCUCCUCCUGUCCCAACAAUUUCUCCGUUACUCAGAACAAGUCACCAAUGUCAACCAUCUUCUUCUUCAUCAUCCUCAUCUUCCAUAAAGCUUAUUACCACUCUGUUAUCCGGUGAGGUCAUGGUGGAUAGAGCGGCUGAGAGCUCCGUGAUGAUCAAACCUGAGAAAUGGGGAACCCAAUUAGAAAAGAGGAGGAAGAGGAGGAGGAGAAGACGAGUAGGUUUCGAGCGUUUGGAGCCGGAAGAAGAGGAAAAUGUUGGUCCAGAAGUAGAAGCAGAAGCAAUUAGUGUUCCCAUUGGAGCUUCACGAUCUGGGUUUUUGAGCCGUUUAGAGGAAGUCCAGCUUUGCUUGUACCUCAAGGAAGGAGCAACACUUGAAAAUCUGGGAACAAGUGCUGAAGAGAAUGAAAUGGUAUCAGUUUUGCUGUCCAGUGGCAAAGGGAAGAAGAAGCGUAGUGCAAAUGAAAUAUUAUGCCGAAGAAGAGAAGCGAGAGAAAAGAUCACUCGUUGUUACCGGAGGCUGGUUGUCUCUAUCGCAACAGGGUACCAAGGCAAAGGGUUGAAUCUGCAAGACCUGAUUCAGGAAGGAAGCAUAGGCCUUCUUCGUGGAGCUGAGAGAUUCGAUCCCGAAAGAGGCUACAAGCUAUCGACUUAUGUCUACUGGUGGAUCAAACAGGCCAUCCUAAGGGCUAUCGCGCACAAGUCUAGACUAGUCAAAUUGCCGGGAAGCAUGUGGGAGUUGACGGCAAAAGUUGCAGAAGCUAGCAAUGUUUUGACCAGAGAACUAAGACGGGUGCCGAGCUGUGAAGAGAUUGCAGAGCACCUCAACAUCCAUGUCUCAGCGGUUAGGCUUGCCGUGGACAGGAGCAGAUCCCCUGUUUCGCUGGACAGAGUCGCCUCUCAUAAUGGCCGCAUGACGUUGCAGGAGAUUGUAAGGGGACCUGAUGAAACAAGGCCAGAGGAGAUGGUGAAGAGAGAACACAUGAAGCAUGAGAUUGAGCAGCUUUUGGGGACUCUUACCGCGAGAGAAUCUCGAGUAUUGGGACUUUACUUUGGGCUCAACGGAGAGACUCCUAUGUCUUUUGAAGAGAUUGGCAAGUCGUUAAAGCUUUCAAGAGAGAGGGUGAGGCAAAUCAAUGGCAUUGCUAUGACGAAGCUACGAAAUGUACAUAACGCGAAUGAUUUGAAAUUAUACUAUUCCUCUAGUGAAUGA